AUGGAGGCGGCCGCAGGCUUCGCUAUCCUCUCGCUGGCAAAGGCUUGUAUAUGGCUGCCGAGCAGGCAGGAGCAUGGGAUCCUUGAAGAGGAUGCUGAUGUGGACGAUGAGGUGGCGGACCUGCUCCAGGGUGCCGGCGGUGACCCGGACGUCCUGCGCAGCAGGAUGGAGGCCCGGCUGCAGCAGCGGGAGCUGUUUCAGGAGCGCAGCGGUUCGGAGGCGCCCCCCUCUGUAGUUUUCCGGGAGGUCGAUCCUUUUGACCUUUGGGUGUGGCUGGAGCUGGGGACGCCGCUGACGUCCAGCGAGCGGGACAUGCUGUCGAGCGCCCUUAAGAGCUGGUUUGUGAUCGGGAAGCUCGGCGGGUACAACAGCGGCAACCUGCAGGCGCGAGCGCUCGCAUAUGCCCCGGGGUUGGGGCGGGACUGGGCGGGCCGGCGCCAUGCAGCGCGGCUGCGAGCAGCGCAUGUUUACCACAACUCAGCAGGGGACCUCUCUUACCUGGUAGCGGGGGCCGACUAUGACAAUUCUGAGCUGCGGCGCGCCAGCGACGGCGUUGGCGGGGGCGAUGAGAGUGGCUCUGCUAUGGCGUCCUUCAUGCAUGAAAUGGGGGACCCCGAGUUCAACGGAAACAUGGCUCGGUUCAGGUGCGACAUGGGCACUGCUGAUGAGGUGGCGCUGGACGUCCUUAUCAACCUGCUAGUCGGCUUCAGCCGCGAUGUCGCGGCGGUGGCCCGCAUCACGUUUGGCGGGGACCAGCUCAACGGCUGGGCGCGGGCGGCGGGCGGCGGCGACGCGCGUGCGCCGCCAAAGGUUGGCAUCAACCCUAUGCGGCUCCCGGACGGGGUGGAGGACGAAAUGGACCUCAUGCAUGAGCUGGACUCGAUGCAGACAGAUAUCGACGAACACAUCAAGCGCAACGGGCGCGAAGCGGGGCCCGGGGACGCUGAGGCGGCCGGCGGCGGGGUCCCCGGGCCGCUUGGCGCGGCGCGGGCGCGGAGCGGGCUGGGCUGGUCGAGGGGCCCGGCGGCAGCGGCGGCGGCGGCGGAGGAGGGGCCGGCGGAGCCGGGGGCGCAGCUGCCUAGGGAUGGGGGCGCGCCAAAAGCGGGGCGUCCGGCGGGCGGGCGGCGGGCUGGGGGCACGGCGGCGCCGCCAGGCGACGCGGCACCUCUGGCCGCGCAGCCGGCCCGUGCAUCGCUCGAACUCCUGUGCGUCGACCGUGCCAAUGUCGACGGCGGCUGCCACCAGCAGCGCUGUCAGCAGGACAACGAGCUCCGGUUCGUUUCGUGCAAGGCCACCUGCGGCACCUGCGAGCUGCUGCGCGCCGCGAUCGCCGCCGACACCGGCCUCGCCGUGCGGAUCGUGCAGCGGCUCGGCAGCUGCAGGGACACGCGGGACGACUGCGCCGACCUGGGCAGGGCGGGAAGCUGCCUGGGGGAUGCGGACAGCAUGGUCGCAGGGUGCCAGGCGACGUGUGGGUACUGCACGACAGAGCCCACGAGCGGGGGAGCAGCGCCACCGGGUGCGGGCCGCGCGCCCUGCUCGGACGACCUGAGCCUGUGCCCCUUCUUGGCGCAGCAGAAGCUGCUGUGCCCCACGGGCGGCGGGAAUGGCAGCAGCGGCGGCAGCGGCGGCGGCGGCGGUGGCGGCGGAAACAGCACAGGAGCAGUGAGCGCCGGCGAUGUGAAGCUGCUGCCCCUGGUGGACCUGCGGGAGCUGGAGGGCCCGUCCGCCUGCAGGGACUACCACGAACAGUGCAGCCAGUGGGCGGCGGCGGGGCAGUGCGGCAGCAACCCCGGCUUCAUGCAGCUGCACUGCAAAGCCAGCUGCAACCCGUGCGGCAGGCUCCCCGGCGCGCAGACCGUCGGCGCCGCGCCGACGCCGGCGCAGGUCCUCGCGGCGCUGCAGCAGGCGCAGCGGGUGGGUCGGCAGCAGGCGGCUGGCGGGGCUGCGGCCGGCGCGGGGGGCAUCAUGCUGCACGUGGCCGCGGGCGCGGCGAAGCCGGCGGCAGCGCACGUGCCGGGCCCGGGGGUCGCAACACUCAGCAGCACCCAGGCGGUCCAGCAGGACGACGCGUGGCACCCCUUCUCGGUGUGCGGCCCGAAUAUGAUGGUGUCCGACGCGAGCGUCGACUGCACAGCCAUGGAUAAGCUGGAGACGGUGCCCUGCAAGGACGACAAGCAGGAGUGCACGGUCUGGGAGAAGCGCGGCGAGUGCAGGAAGAACGCUGCUUUCAUGCACCGCAACUGCAAGGCGUCCUGCCAUGCGUGCACGACGUACUACUACCCCUCCCCCUACGAGUUCCGCUCCCUCGGCCCCCCCGGCAACAAGACCCGCGAGCGGCUGCGCGCCGCCCGCCAGGCCGCGGCCGAGGCGUCGGAGGACCCGGCAGCUGCCGAGAAGGCGGCCCUGGAGGAUCAGAGCGUCGACCCCGAGGAGACGCUGAACGUGGUCAUGCCGUCCAUCGGGUUGGGGACGGCCGGGCUGGGGGAGUUCACGGCGGUCGCGGUGGCGGCGGCCAUCAAUAAAGGGUACCUCCUGUUCGACACGGCCGUGGCGCGCGAGUGGUACAGGGAGGACCUGGUCGGCCGCGGCGUCAGACAGGGCGGUGUCGCGCGCGAGGGCCUCUUCCUGACCUCAAAAAUCCACCCCCGCGACCUCGGCCGCGGCGCGACGCGCAAGGCGCUGCGGCGCGCGCUGCGGGACCUGCGGACGGACUACAUCGACCUGCUGCUCAUCCACUACCCGCGCUGCUCCGACGGGCUCGGCUGCAAGAAGGGUGGCCCCGCGUCGACGUGGCAGGAGUCGUGGCGGGAAAUGGAGACCAUGUAUGCGGAGGGCAGGGCGCGCGCCAUAGGCGUCAGCAACUUUGAGGCGGCGGAGCUUCUUGAGCUGCUGGCCAUGGCCAAGGUCAAGCCGGCCGUGCUGCAGGUGCAUGUGCGCGCGCCGUGGGCCCACAGCGACCCCCUGGAGUCAAACGGUCAUCUCCUGAACAUCUGCCUAGAGAGGGGCGUCACAUUCGUCAGCUACUCUCUCCUGGGGACUCAGUGGCCUGUCAAGCCCGGGGAGCCAAACCCUGUGCUCAGCCACCCGGUAAUCGAGGCCAUUGCCAAGGAGGUUGAAAGAACACCUGCUCAGGUGUGA